AUGACGGUGCCGAGAUGGAUGUUUCUGGGCACGCCUCUCGAUUAUCUUCUCUCAGAUGGAAUCGCCGCUUCCGAGACGCCGGCCAUUGCGGCCCGGCACCCUUCAGCCAUCGACAGUGACCAGCGCAUAGUCCACAUCUUGUUGAUCUUAUCAGUCACGUUCGCCUCCAUCAGCGUUCUGGCUACUACGUCCGCCCUAUAUUGGUUCGUCAAGAUGAGGCGGAGUUUCAGACACGAGUUGAUCUUGCUCCUGAUUCAAAGUGAUUUCGCCAAGUCGGCAGUCUUGGUUAUUUUCGCUAUCGUUAGCUUUGUUGGGGGUGGCAUUCGUUCCGACUCGGCCUUCUGCCAAAUCAGCGGGUUCGUCCUCGCUGUCGGCAUCGAAUCCUCCGACAUUGCUGUCUUGCUCAUCGCCCUGCACUCCGCCAUGUAUAUCUUCCGACCGAGGGCUGGGCUCUACCCGUACCGCCGACCUGCCUACUUGGGGUUCUAUUUGUACCCGUCUCUGGCCGCGUGCCUAGCGUUUAUCGGCGGGAAUGGGUACGAGAACAUGGGGCCCUACUGCUAUCUGCGAACCGACCGGAGUUGGGCACGGCUGGUGCUUAGCUGGGUGCCGCGAUAUAUUAUCUGCGCCAGCAUCGUCAUCAUUUACGUCUCCAUUUACUUUUAUAUCCGGAGGAAGAUGGGGGAUUACGGCAGGCGACAGUCGGAAGCCAUGCAGUCGCAAGCACCCAGGGGAUCGGUGGGGGCAGCUUCGAUACCGCGUCUCCGCUACAACGGGCUCCUCCCGUCCACGGCAUCCUCGCGACGAAGCUCGGCAACCGAUACCAUACCGACGGUUAAAGACCAGUCCCGGCCGCCAUCAUCGAUCGGCGCGGCCUGGCCCACGAGCGCGAGGACAAGUGUGGACGUUCAGAGACCACCCAGCUGUGUCAAGUGGAACUGGCCUGGGUUCACACACACGCCAUCGCCCGAGAGCAGCGGGCUUUCCGGGGACGACACCGGCGCCCCGAGCUCCCCUACAUCGCCGACCUUCCUCACGCCCCCGGCACCGGCACACACACCCCGGCCAAACCUGCUAUCCUCGACCGACGCCAACACGGACAUCAGCAACCACCACCACAACAACCGGGUCUCCUUCCACCACUCCCAACGCCAAGCCACACCGGAACAACUCGACAUCGACGACGAAGACACACCCGACUCAUCACCCAUCCUGACCCCCACAGGGGGGCGCUCGGGCUCCUCCCCCUUCAUAACCAUCACCUCACCCGAAGACGACGACGACCCGGCCCAAACCCGGCACCAAAAGAAAACCCUCCGCCAGCUCCGCUCCCUCUUCGCCUACCCGCUCGUCUACAUCAUCCUGUGGCUCUUCCCCUUCGUCUCGCACGUGCUCGGGUACGACGACUCCUCGGUCCGCCACCCCCAGGACGAUCCCUCCACCGCCAACCGAGAGGACCACGCCCCGCCGCACUGGCUGCUCGUCGUCUCCAUCAUCUCGCUCUGCGUGCAGGGCGUCGUCGACUGCGUCCUCUUCCUGCUGCGCGAGACGCCCUGGCGGUACGCGCGCGGCCGCGGCUUCUGGGCGUCGCUGGGCCGCCGCUGGGCGUGGGGGCUCGGCUUCUGCUGCCGCUGGUGGAGUGGGGGUGCUGCUGCUGCUGCUGCUAGUGGUGGUGGUGGGGGGAAGGGGGCAUGA